AUGUUGGUCCAUCUAUGGCUUCUUUGCAGUCUCACUGCUGUUGCUACAUCACAGGAUACAACACAAGAGGCCAGCAACUUUUUGUCUCAAUUCAAUGUACAAGCAGAAGAUCUAUCUUAUGCAAGUUCACUUGCCUCCUGGGACUAUAACACCAACAUCACAGAUGAGAAUUCCAGAAAGAUGAAUGAAGCAGGAGCGAAAUGGUCUGCAUUCUAUGAUGAAGCAUCCAACAAUGCCAGCAAGUUUGCAAUAGAUAAAAUUACGGAUCCUAUUGUCAAACUCCAACUUCAGGCUCUUCAGGACAAAGGAACAUCAGUCCUAUCUGGGGAAAAAUACAGUGAACUGACAACUAUUUUAAGUAAAAUGAGCACCAUCUACAGCACUGGGACCGUGUGUAAACCUGAUUAUCCAUUUAACUGCUUGCCGCUGGAGCCAGGUCUAGAUGCUAUUAUGGCUAGCAGCACUGAUUACUCUGAGAGACUGUGGGCGUGGCAAGGCUGGAGAGCUGAAGUUGGCAAGGAGAUGAGACCAUUAUAUGAACGUUAUGUUGAGUUGGAAAAUGAGGCUGCAAGACUUAAUAAGUAUUCUGACUAUGGAGAUUAUUGGAGAGGAAAUUAUGAAGUAGAUGAUUCCAUAGAAUAUGCCUACAGCCGUAAUCAGCUGAUUGAAGAUGUAGAAACAACAUUUGAGCAGAUAAAACCUUUAUAUCGGGAGCUACAUGCUUAUGUGAGGUACAGGCUGGAGAAUGUCUAUGGCUCAGACCGCAUCAGUUCAACAGGAUGUCUUCCUGCUCAUUUACUCGGUGACAUGUGGGGUAGAUUUUGGACUAAUUUGUAUGGCUUGACAGUCCCCUAUCCAGACAAACCAAACAUUGAUGUAACUUCUGAAAUGGUUAAAAAGAAUUGGGAUGCAACAAAAAUAUUUAAGGCUGCUGAGGAUUUUUUCAUCUCUGUUGGCCUCUAUGGAAUGACUGAAGGCUUCUGGAACAAUUCUAUGAUUAUAGAGCCUAACGAUGGCAGAAAGGUUGUUUGCCAUCCUACAGCUUGGGAUAUGGGAAAAAAGGAUUAUAGGAUCAAGAUGUGCACUAAAGUGAAUAUGGAUGACUUCUUGACGGCACAUCAUGAGAUGGGGCAUAUAGAGUAUGAUAUGGCAUAUUCCAACCUCUCUUAUCUGCUAAGAAGUGGAGCUAACGAAGGAUUUCAUGAAGCAGUAGGAGAAAUCAUGUCACUGUCGGCAGCUACUCCAAAGCAUUUGAAAUCACUUGACCUUCUAGAAUCUACUUUUCAGGAAGACAAUGAAACGGAUAUCAACUUCCUACUCAAACAAGCUCUCACUAUUGUUGGAACAAUGCCUUUUACUUACAUGCUAGAGAAGUGGCGAUGGAUGGUAUUUAGAGGUGACAUUCCAAAAGAUGAGUGGAUGAAGAAGUGGUGGGAGAUGAAGCGAGCAAUAGUGGGUGUGGUUGAACCACUGCCUCAUGAUGAAACGUACUGUGACCCUGCUGCUCUGUUCCAUGUGGCCAAUGAUUACUCUUUCAUAAGAUAUUACACAAGGACCAUUUAUCAGUUCCAGUUCCAGGAGGCACUUUGCAAGGCUGCUAACCAUACAGGUCCUCUUUACACAUGUGACAUUACUAAUUCCACGGCAGCUGGUCACAAACUGCGGGACAUGCUUGUCUUAGGGAGAUCACAGCCCUGGGCCCAGGCACUAGAAAGUAUAACAGGAGAAAAGAAGAUGAAUGCGACACCCUUGCUCCACUACUUUGAACCCUUGCACCAGUGGCUGAUAAAGAACAAUAGUGGCAGAUCUGUUGGUUGGAACACAUUCUGGACUCCAUAUUCUAGCAAUGCAAUCAAAGUGAGGAUCAGUCUGAAAUCAGCACUUGGGAACAAUGCAUACAAAUGGGAUGAAAAUGAAUUAUAUUUGUUCCAGUCAUCAAUUGCCUAUGCCAUGAGGAAGUAUUUCUCAGAGGUCAAGAACCAGACUGUCCCAUUCCAGAGCACAGAUAUCCACAUAGAGGCUGAAACAAAAAGAAUCUCCUUCUAUUUUACUGUCAUUAGGCCUAAUACCUCUGACAUCGUUCCCAAAUCUGAGGUGGAAACAGCCAUCAGAAUGUCUCGGGGACGAAUCAAUGAGGCUUUCAAACUGGAUGACAAUACUCUGGAGUUUGAGGGUAUUCUUCCAACACUGGCACCACCUUAUGAACCACCUGUUACUGUCUGGCUAAUACUGUUUGGGGUGGUCAUGGGCGUGGUUGUGAUUGGAGUCAUUGUCUUGAUCACCACUGGGCAGAGAGACCGAAGAAAGAGAAGGAAAGCAGGCACAGAUGAAUUAGUACAAACCAACCCCAUCAACCCUGAACCUGAGGAUGGAGAAGUCAAUCCAGCUUUCGUAAAACAUGAAGAUCAACAAACAUCAUUUUAG